CUCAGUCUUGUUACGAACAGCAUAAAAGGAGGACGCAACUGUUCUCUAUCUCUCUCUUUCUCUACACUCACACUCACACACCUUGACUCCCUCACCUUUUAGGACUGAUGAGGGAGUGACUAGUGUGCUGACAAGUGUGACGAGUGUGAAUUUGGCAUUUACUAUUAUUACUGUGGUGAUAUUUGGUGAUAUUCGUGUUAUAUUGAUUAUGUUUUGGAGGUGUGGUGAAGAAAAAGUGUUAUUCUACCAAUAUUGUUAGAUAAAGUGGCUUAAUUGUUCAAAGCGAGAGAAAGAGAGAGAAAGAGAGAGAGAGUGAGAGUAGUGAUAAGUGUGAAACUAUUUACUGUAAUUCAAGAUCAUCCGUGAACGAAAUGCCAGCAGAAAAGAUGAUCAGGAAAUUAUAUUGUGGGUCGAGAUGCGCAGCGGCUGUACGGUUGGUGGUGAGUGUCGUGGUGGUGGGGAUGGCGGUCCUCGCCCUGUACCACCAGCACGCCCCUACCAGAGCCCCUACCAGCGCCAUCAAGGUCAAGUCCACACCUCUAAGCCUCACCACUCAUCAGAUCUACUUGCCAGAGUUCCCGAACAUGACAAGACCAGACCAGCCAGCGGACAUUCCCACACGAUUCCUGCUGGAGGAGGCCACAGCUUGCCACAGGAUCAAAGACGUGGAGUUGGUGGCGUAUGUGCACUCCGCCAUUAGUAGAGUGGAGCACAGACGGGAGACGAGGCGAACGUGGGCUAACUCUACCGCCCUCAGAAUGGUGGUAAUGUUCAUGGUGGGCCGCUCCAAGAACAGACACGAGCAGGAAUUGAUUGAGAGGGAGAGCUUCGUCCAUCACGAUAUAGUGCAAGGUGACUAUGCCGACUACUACCGCCUGCUGAGUUACAAGGCGCUCUCUUCCCUGUACUGGAUCACCAAGCACUGCGCCCACGUGCCCUGGACCGUCCAUGCUGACGACGACAUUCUCAUAGACACCUUCCGCCUUCGGCAGUUCAUCCAGGGACAAAACGGGAGCAAGGACAGAGAUAAACUCCACUGCAGGAAACUCGUGAAGCAGCCAGUAAAGAGAAAAGGGAAAUGGAGCGUAUCGCCCAGUGAAUUAGCACUCAAGCACUACCCUCCAUAUUGCGAAGGGUUCUUCUGGCUGCUCCCUACUACACAGGUGUCUAUACUCCUGCAAGCGUCCGCCCAUGUUAAGUUUAUGUGGGUGGACGAUGCUUAUGUCACAGGAUUCAUGGCCAUCAAAGCUAACAUCUCCAUUCAUGACAUCAAGAACCUUAAAGGUGGAGCCACCAUGGCCUCAGCGCAGGUGGGUACCAACAUGGUCUGGGUGCAUCUAAAGAAAAGAUCGUUGCAGUGGCCUCGUAUAUUACACCACUAUCGCGUCUCCGGGUCACCGUAGCCACACUUCACACAUGGACGGUUACCGAGUGUUAUUGAUUCCUUUGAUAGGGUAACAGUCGAGGUGUGUGUGUCGGUGGAUGACUUGAGCGUGGAAUGAUGCGUUGAUCUCUGGAAAGCAGCCUUGUAUUAUGCUGUUUUGGUGGAGAAUCAACUUUUUCAUUCUAUCUUUUGUAAGUGAGUACGUUUCCUAGGAAAUGUAUAAGGAACUUGAAGAAAAUCAAUCAUAUCUUUUCGAAGUGAUGUGAAAGUUUCUUGUGAAGUGAGUAAAGUGAAAGAAACAAUUUGAAUUAACAAUCAGCUCUCGUAAGAAGUUCAAGCAUUUCCUGCAAUCUUACAAAAGAAAAUGGAAAAAAAAUUGUUUCUAGGUAUAUACUUUAUGUGGGACUGAGAGAUUACGCUAUAAAAAACAUGACCUUGUCAUUCACAAUGACAUAUUCAGUUAUACUUCUGCAUGUUAAAAGCCAGUGAAGUGUGUGUGAAGAGAGAGAGAGAGAGAGAGAGAGAGAGAGAGAGAGAGAGAGAGAGAGAGAGAGAGAGAGAGAGAGAGACUCAUAAAACAUUUCAUGCACUUCAUGGAAUAAUGAAGUCAAAUUGCAGCCACAAAGAUGUAGCCAUCUCUCAUAUGGUGUUACUCGCAUUUCCACUUGACGCCUUGCAUUUGUCACAAGAAUUCAGUGUUGGUGUUCUGUAUUACUGAACAUGUAAGAUUUUUAUUCUCUUUUUAUUCCAGAUUUAGUGUGACGUGUUUUGUUCGUCCAGUAUGAAAUAAAUCGAUGAGGUUUAA